AUGACAGAUGAAAGCGAUCUCAAACAUGGCGUUGAGUCACCGGUGCAUGAUUUUGAUAUUGGUCAACUGCUUUCUGUGGCAUCUAUGCCAGAAGAAGAGAGAAAAGUACUGCGGAAAUUGGAUUUCGUUUUGAUUCCAUUGAUGAGCACGGCUUAUUUCUUGCAAUUUCUGGACAAAUUAUCAUUAAGCCAGGCCACUUUGUUCAACCUACGCGAGGAUCUGAAUCUGCAUGGCUCACAAUAUUCUUGGACUUCCACCAUCUUCUACUUUGGAUAUUUCUGUUGGAGCAAGCCAAGCUCUUACAUUAUUGUUCGCUUCCCUAUUGGAAAGUACUUGGCAAUCUCUGUCUUUCUCUGGGGUGGCAUCCUGAUGUGUCAUGCUGCUUGCACUGAUUUCACUGGUCUCAUGAUUGCCAGAUUCUUUCUUGGUAUCGGUGAGGCUGCCAUUGCCCCUGGCUUCACCUUACUGACAGGUAUGUUCUAUACACGAGCUGAGCAACCCGUUCGUCAAUCUGCCUGGUUUUUCGGUAACUGCAUUGCAGUUCUUAUCGGUCCUCUCAUUGCUUAUGGCAUCGGCAAUAUCAGUUCAGCCCCAAUCGAGACCUGGAAGCUCAUGUUCCUUAUCUUGGGCACCAUCACUUCGACAUAUGGCCUUGUGCUUUUCUGUUUGCUUCCAGAUUCUCCAACGAAGGCGGUCUUCCUAUCAUCGAAUGAAAGAGCAAUUGCAAUCCAGCGAACUCUCAAAAAUAAGACUGGAGUGAUGGAUAAUGGGAAAUUCAAAUGGUCACAAGCACGAGAUGCCCUUACAGAUCCGCAGGUCUGGUUCCUUGUCUUGAACUCUCUCAUCUCUAAUUUAUGCAACGGUGGUCUCACAACGUUUACCUCCAUUAUCACGGCAGGAUUUGGCUAUACUGAUUUCAAGGCACUUCUCAUGCAAAUGCCCCAGGGUGGACCACAAAUUGUGUUCCUUAUCCUGACCUCUCUUACUUGUACCUUCAUCCCAUCUUCCCGAAUUAUCUCGAUGGUUCUAAAUACCAUGGUCUCCGUGGUUGGCUUAAUAUUGAUCUGGAAGUUGAAUUCAGCAGAUCAAGCUGGUCGAAUGGUCGGCUUAACUCUGGCCGUUGUUUAUGCCAUCAACCUUCCUAUUUCAUUGAGUGUGGUCACGUCCAAUAUUGUUGGAUUCUCGAAGAAGAGUGUGGCCAGCGCACUCUUGUUCAUUGCAUAUUGCAUUGGGAAUAUUGUGGGCCCACAGUUCUUCCUUGCGUCGGAAGAGCCCUCUUAUCCUACGGGUAUCAAGGCAGCUAUGUCGGGACUAGUGUUGAGCAUCUUCUUCCUUCUUUGUCUGCUUGCUUAUUAUAUCUGGGAAAAUCGUCGAAGGGGUCAUCUGUAUGGCUCUCCUGAAGAAAUGACGGUGGGUGCAGAGUUGCAUGAUGAACUCUCGAACAAGACCGAUAGGGAAAUCGAGAGUUUUAGGUACUUACUAUAG